GGCGCCGGGGCCACACAAGGGGAAGGCGCCACCGCCGCCGGGAGGGGUCCGGGAUGAGAGGUCACGGUCGAGGAGGUAGGGCCAGCGAACUGCCAACUCCUCCCGCCGAAGUUCUCAGGGCUGAGCCCCUCCAGCAAAGUCCGCGCGGCUUCUCCCAAGUCCCCACACCCAUGUUCUCACCUACCUUUCUAUAUUACCCUGGGUUCCAGGAGGCUUCCCCCCCCAAUCUCUGUGUUCUGCAGAGCCCAGGGGCAGGAAGAACCUGCCAAAAGAGGAAGGAGGGCAGACACUGGAAGCAUGGUAGCGGCAGACCGAAUCUUAGAGAGAAGCUAGAGGUGGGAGCAUCAGGCGCACCUCUGUCUCCCCCGGAAUCUGACAGGCACCCGUCUCAAGCCAGUACACACUGCCAUACCGUCCGCCCUCCCCGCCACGGAACACAAGUUCUUCGUUCCCUAACAGACAAGGCGCACCCCCCUCUAGCCCUGGUGUCCUCUACCCACACUUCAGAGGUAGAGGAGGAACCACUAGAAAUGGCAGCCACUGCCCCUGGGCAGUCCCAGAAGUGUCUGCUGCCUGGAGUCAUGGGCCCGCGCGCGCGCGGGCUGCACAUUGAAGUGUCCAAUUCACACAUCUGCAGGCCACCCCUACACACUGGCUACUGAUUUCCUGACACUUCACAUUCUUCCCCAUAAUCCCACCUGCCUGUUCACACCCUGGCUCCCGCACUCUGCGGCACCCCCCGCCCCCACGCCCUCCUGCACACUCCUGACCACAACACCCUUCCCAGUUCACCCACACACUUGCUCUGAACUCUUCAUUUCUUUUUCGGCGGCUUCUGGCCUCAGUGGGCUGCUCAGCCUGUGGCCGUGGGCUGCACUCGUCUCCCUGACUUCUUCCAGAGCCCUCUUGUGGCACAUCGCAGCAGCUCUCCCCUCAGCCCUAGCGCAGCUCCAGGACUGACUUUCCCAAGGACUCAUCUGCCUUGCCUCUGCUUCUUCCCCUGACCCGGGUUUCUUCUAUCUUCUGGACUAGAAGGGAAGAGGACGAGAAGAUGGGAAUGUGGGAACGGAUACAGGGAUGGAGCCCACAUGAUUCCACGUGAGAGGAACUUAAGCAAGCACAUGCAGUCUCCUUAUGGACGCCCACUGUCAACAGAUGGGUUCACGGCAAAGCUAGGUCUCCUGAUCUCCAGGUCUACCUCCCCACCAACACUCCCGUUCCUCAGCAGCCUUGGGGGAAGGGGACCUGAGAAGGCAGAAGCAAAGGAAGGAAAAAAAUAGAAGGGGGCAACCAGUCUUGAGGAUGGAGAGGCCUUUCCCUGGGUAGGACCCCUGGACCUCACACCCCUUCUUCGGCUACUCCCUCCAGCUCCCCUCAGUGGACUUCUCCAAGGUCACCCAGCUGCUGGUUAUGAUCUGGACUGAGGGCUCCCAUGUUCAGCCUAGACUGUAGGACUUCUGGACGCAGCUAUAGCAUUUCCAGCUGUUAGCCCCAGUCCCAGGCCUUCCAGCUUGGCUGCCGGGAAUCGAGCACAUCUUGCCCGAGAUCAGCGCUGUCACAGGCCAGCAGAGUCCUGUACUUCACCUGUCCUUUCUCCUCUACCGGCUUCCACUCUGAUUCCUACGACUCCUGCUUCUUUCUGCCUCUCUCCAGGACUGGUCAGUAGGCUCCUUCUGCUUUCUGGUGUCCCCCACCCCCCAGCCUGCAGUGAUACAGUUACCUCAGAACUGAAAUAUUCCUGGAAACACCGGCCUCGUCUGGUUAAUUUCACGAGCCGUUUUUCUGCCCAGAUGACUUAGCUGUUGUUUAUCCAAAGGCUUCUUCUCCUCCUGUUGCCCCCUGUGUAAGGAGCUAUUUUCCCCAGGGAUGUCCCCCAGGGCCCAGGAAGGGAGGGGAAACGAGCUCCAGGCUGGGCUCCUGUCUAUACCUCCAGUUACGGGGCAGACAGCCUAGUCCAGGAUUCUGGAUGACAGGGCUGCCUUUGGCAGGGAGGGGUGAAGAGGCCAGCCAAGCCUCGAGUUUCUGCUUUGGCAGGACUUUGGCAAUGCCACUAACUUCCAGCAAAACCAUACUUCAUCCUAAAAGCUGUCUCAAAGCUGGAAGGGCUGCUGCUCAGCUCAUGAUGGUUCCAGUCUCCAAAACAAACCCUACAAGAUACGCACAGGAUCCUACAGGGGACUUCACCAGAUGCCCAGGCUUGGUACAGAGGAGGAGAACUUGGAUGUAUUUGGGGAUUCGGUAAUCAGGGACUAGAAAGGAAAACAGUUAGGUAAGAACUAGGGAUGGAAAGGACCAGGGCUACACAUGGGGGCAGCGAAGCAGAGCCUGUUUGUCCAGGGAGCAGUUAAAUGUCUGAUCCUGCUGUCUGAAAACACAUGUGAACUUGUACACAUAUGCACGCACGCGUGCACACACCCCCUCCUCCCGCGCUCCCUCCACCUGCAAAGCUGACUUCGUCAAGCACCCGAGAGUCCGUGCUGAGUACCCGUGCCACAGCUGAAGCCCUCAGCUGCCUCCUGUAUUCUGUAUGCGACCAAGAGUCCCAACGGUGACUUCCAUAGGCUCAGCAUAUGACAGACUCUAACCUUAAUCUCGUCUUCAUGGCUUCUUACAUCCAAACCCUGUCCCGAGUCUGAAUACAGGCAAAUUGUUAAGCCUAUCCACUUGUUUCUAAGAAACGUGUCAUUAUAGAAAAAUCUGGAAGUAUAAAAUGUAAACUAGAGUAAAGAAACCACUUGACCUCAUACCUAUUCAAGCUUAAAACCCAAACUAUCCCUGCUUUUUGUGACUUGCCAAACACCAUUCAAUCUGAUGUGUAAAGCAACAAAUCCACAGAUCUUAGUCCCAACUAACCUUCCGCCUGCCCACAGGUAACCACAUCCCCUUCCUGGACUCAAAUCUCAACCAUGCUCACUCAACCAAAUCCCAAGUCUAAAUUCAUCGGAAAUGUUAAGCCUAACCUAGUCCUUAAGCCUAACCUAGCCCGCAGCUACUUAUAUUCCCACCCUAUCCUAGCCCAGAUGGGUACUGGUUUUGAUCUUUGUCCUCACCUAAAGAGCCCUUUAGGAAAGUGUUUCCCACCUGACUCUAGCCCUUCUCCCAGCCUCAGCUCCUGGUUUCUGGGACGCAAGUCCUCCAUUGUCGUCUGCGGACCAGCCUGCCUCUUCAAACUCCCAUCUUUCCCCUGGAUGUUGCCCCUCCAACACUCCAGAUAAAGACAGGACAGGCAUUGGCAGGCUCUGCAGUACCAGCCUAUCAUCCCAGCUACUCAGGAGCCUGAGGCAGAAGGAUCGAACUUAGGGAGAACCUAUUCUCAAAAACCAGAGAAGAGCUGGGGCUAUAAUUCAGUGGUAGAGCACUUGCCUGCAUGUACAGGCCCUGUCUUUAAUUCUAGCACUACCGGCAAACAAGGGGGGUGGGAGUAUCAAGCUUCUAUAUUGCCAAUAAGGGGAACACUGCAUCUCCUUCAGAUCACGCCAUCAGACCCUCAUCACAGCCAGGAGCUGUACCCUAGUGUAUACCCACCACUUCUCACUCCACAGACCCUCUUGGCCCCUUCAGGCCGACCUCGGCUGCGAACCCUACUCCUGCCUCACAUGCUGCUGCCUCUCUUCGCGCUCUUCCACAGGGCUCGUGCUCACAGCUUGCCAGAAUUAACAUAGGCCAUAGUCCCAUCCCUUAGUUCCUGCUGCAGUGAGACUAGAAGACAUGGAGAAGAGGCUGGGACACACCUGGAACUCCGACAUACUGACAUAAGGUCCCUCAAGCCUGGCCUGCCCCUCUCAGUACACACACAAUUUUGGCACAUAGAGUGACAUUCAUGACGAAGACUUUGAGCUGACAGAUGCAGUCAAGUAUCGACUGAUGGACACAGAUGCCAGGACUUCGUCCUUGCAGACAUACCUCCACAUCCACUCUUGGACCAGAAGUGGUUCCCUUCCUCCAUCCCCUCCACCUCCCAUCUGGUUUCUCACCCUCACCCCCCUUCCUAGCCCAAGGUGGGGACAGACACCUGAGGGGCUGCCAAUUGUCUCCCCACUUGGGCCUGGGCCCACCCUCAUACUUCUUGCCCAUCCUGUCCACAGGGGACUCGUGGGGGAUGUUAGCUUGCCUAUGCACGGUGCUCUGGCACCUCCCUGCCGUGCCAGCUCUAAACCGCACAGGAGACCCAGGGCCUGGCCCCUCCAUCCAGAAAACCUAUGACCUCACCCGCUACCUGGAGCACCAACUCCGCAGCUUGGCUGGGACCUAUCUGAACUACCUGGGGCCCCCUUUCAACGAGCCUGACUUCAAUCCUCCUCGGUUGGGGGCCGAGACCCUGCCCAAGGCCACUGUCAACUUGGAAGUGUGGCGAAGCCUCAGUGACAAGCUGCGGCUGACCCAGAACUAUGAGGCCUACAGCCACCUCCUGUGUUACUUGCGCGGCCUCAACCGGCAAGCUGCCACGGCCGAACUCCGGCGCAGCCUGGCCCAUUUCUGCACCAGUCUCCAGGGCCUGCUGGGCAGUAUUGCAGGUGUCAUGGCAGCUCUCGGGUACCCACUGCCCCAGCCUCUGCCAGGGACUGAGCCAGCCUGGGCCCCUGGCCCUGCCCACAGUGACUUCCUCCAGAAGAUGGAUGACUUCUGGCUGCUGAAGGAGCUGCAGACCUGGCUGUGGCGUUCAGCCAAGGACUUCAACCGGCUUAAGAAGAAGAUGCAGCCUCCGGCAGCUUCGGUCACCCUGCACUUGGAGGCCCACGGCUUCUGAUUCCUGACCCUUAACUCCUCCCGGUCUCUGCCCCAGUCAGCUGGGUUUCCAUUCUGGGGUGGAAAAAAACAAACAAACCUGUAUACCAACAUUUGUUGAGCCAGGAAACAGACAGUGGGAACUCUGUCCUCCUCUCCCGUGGGUGGGGAGUGUAACGCGAUAAGCCCUGUCUCCUGACCAGCUCCUAGAGUCCUAGGGUCUGGGGAAAAGGGGAAGUGGGCGUUAUCCUGUUUCCGCAGAGCAUGAGGAAGUCCAAUGGCUCAGGUGGGUAUAAAGGUGCUCCCGCCUCCUGCUUCCUGCCUGCCACUUGCCAGGACCCACUCAGUUCCUCAUGUGGCACUUGCAGAAGCACACCUGGAGGGCAUGGGUGGGGGCCGCUGUAGCUUGUGCCUUUCUGGGGUAAAGGCCCCUGGCCUCCUCCCUCUCCUUGGAUGGGUGUUGCUCCCCUACCCCAAUAACUACAUAUCCAGUUCAGGAAAUAAGGUGGCCAGUCUAAAGAAGGGUGUGACAGAAAGCAGAGGGGUAGGGUCUGUGCGGGAGGUGGUCUAGAAACCAGAAGAUGUAAUACUAAAGAGAGCAGGGCAGGGACAGACCAGACCCAGCAGUCGCCAAGGCCGUCGGUGGCACAGGGCGGAAAACAGAAGCCAUGUGGAGCAUCAGGACCUCGCCUUGAAUUGUCUUGCCGGCAUCUCGGUGCCUCCUCUCCACCCCUUUCCCAGGGUAUCUGUGGCUGCCUGGGCUGGGGAGGGCAGCCACAGCCACAGGGUUUCCUGAAAGUUUACAUUGCAGUAGCAUUGUGGGGUGAAGGGGAUGGCUCCCCAGGCCCUAUCCCCAGCCCCCACCCACUCAUGACUCUAAGUUUGUUGUAUUAAUAUUUAUUUAUUUGGAGAUUUAUUUAUUAGAUGAUAUUUAUUGCAGAAUUUCUAUUCUUGUAUUAACAAAUAAAAUGCUUUCCCCAGAACUUGG